UGACCUUCAUCCCUGCACCUUCCUUCUUCCUCUCCCUUCCAGGCUGCCUCCUCCUCUCCAGGGGAGCGUCAAGAAAGCUCUUUUUUGGUUGCAGGAGGGGCAUCUGGUUCUGCCAGGCUGGAAAGCUGAGGCAGGAUUUGAGGAAGAAUCACUAGACUCCGCAGAGCCUGGACUCGUUUCUUCUUCUCCCUCUCUGCUUCUGGCUUGCUCCAUCCCUUCCUCUCUCCCCACACCACUUCCUGAGACUCACUGGUGUGUGGGGCAGGGGACAAGGACCGUGCCGCUGCAGGAGUUCUGGGAAGUUGUGGCUGUCGAGGAUGGGGGUCUGUGGGUACCUGUUCCUGCCCUGGAAGUGCCUCGUGGUCGUGUCUCUCAGGCUGCUGUUCCUUGUACCCACAGGAGUGCCCGUGAGAAGCGGAGAUGCCACCUUCCCCAAAGCUAUGGACAACGUGACGGUCCGGCAGGGGGAGAGCGCCACCCUCAGGUGUACCAUAGAUGACCGAGUCACCCGGGUGGCGUGGCUAAAUCGCAGCACCAUACUCUAUGCUGGGAAUGACAAGUGGUCCAUAGACCCUCGUGUGAUCAUCUUGGUCAAUACACCAACCCAGUACAGCAUCAUGAUUCAAAACGUGGAUGUGUAUGACGAGGGCCCGUAUACCUGCUCUGUGCAGACAGACAACCACCCUAAAACUUCCCGGGUUCACCUUAUAGUGCAAGUUCCUCCCCAGAUCAUGAAUAUCUCUUCAGAUAUCACUGUGAAUGAGGGAAGCAGUGUGACCCUGCUGUGUCUUGCUAUUGGCAGACCAGAACCAACUGUGACAUGGAGACACCUGUCUGUCAAGGAAGGCCAGGGUUUUGUGAGUGAAGAUGAAUACCUGGAAAUCUCUGACAUCAAACGUGACCAGUCCGGGGAGUAUGAAUGCAGCGCCUUGAAUGAUGUUGCUGCACCUGAUGUGCGAAAAGUCAAAAUUACCGUUAACUACCCUCCUUAUAUCUCAAAAGCCAAGAACACUGGUGUCUCAGUUGGUCAGAAGGGCAUCUUGAGCUGUGAAGCCUCUGCAGUACCUACAGCUGAAUUCCAGUGGUUCAAGGAAGAUACCAGGCUAGCAACGGGCCUAGACGGCGUGAGGAUUGAGAACAAAGGUCGCAUAUCCACUCUGACUUUCUUCAAUGUUUCAGAAAAAGAUUAUGGAAACUAUACUUGUGUGGCUACAAACAAGCUUGGGAACACCAACGCCAGCAUCACACUGUAUGGGCCUGGAGCAGUCAUUGAUGGUGUAAACUCGGCCUCUAGAGCGCUGGCUUGUCUCUGGCUAUCAGGGACCCUCUUUGCCCACUUCUUCAUCAAGUUUUGAUAAGAAAACAUAGGUUCUCUGAGCAACGCCUGCUUCUCCAUAUCACAGACUUUAAUCUACACUGCGGAGGGCAAACCAGUUUGGGCUUCUGUUGUUUCUGUUCUUGAUUUUUUUUUUUUUUUGAUUUCAGGGUUUCGUUUGUUUAUUUGAUUUUUUUUUUCUGUUUAAGUGACUGGGGUUGGGGGAGGGGUGGGCAGGGUUCUACCAUGUGUAGGAUAAUCAUUCAUUGGUGUGUCCAAAAAUGAAUUCUGUUCCUGCUACCUUGGCCCUUCCCUUUCCUCUGCUUCCCUCCCCAUCAUCAUCACCACCAAACUCUCCUCCCCUACACACUAAAAUAUAAGCUCCAUUUGGGCAAAAAAUGUGCCUCAUGAUUAACACCCUGAAGACACAACUUGACUUACAAUGUAGUGCACAGCAAAAGUUAUAGCCAAGUGUCCUAUUAUCUGUGUCUUUUAAGCUUUGGACCAUUUUUCUGAUUACAAUGUACAUAUUCUUCAUUCUAUGUUUAUUAUUACCUAAUUGUGUUAAGGUUCACAUCUUUUCUUUCUGGGAAGUUAUCUCAAUAUAUCCAUAUCCAUAUUCAUAUGUGUGUGUGCACACGUGUGUGUAUGUGUGCAUGUGUAAGUUUAAUCUUGCCAUCUUCUCUAACCACUCUGCUCUAUCUGUGUUCCUUCCUAGCAAUAGGAAUUAGAGGUUUGUGGCAAUUCAUACAACCCAACACUAAAAAUUCAGAAGUCAUAUAACCAAAAAGGGACAAAGCAUUUUGAGGAUACUACUUCUCUUAAAAAAAAAAAUGCUGUCCAACUCACGAAAAAUUAUUCAUAGAUGGCUGAUUAUUUAGGUUUUAUCAAGUAUCUAUCAAAAUAAUUAUACAGUUAUCCAUCUACUCAAUUUUCUGAUUUAUCUCUUCAUUCAAUUAUCUACCCACUCAUCUUCCUCUCUAGCAAUCUAUUUACUCUGUCUAUCAAUCGAUCAGUGUAAUUAUCUAACACUUCUUUCCAUUUCUUUCCUCACUACUCACUAUCAAUUCAUCACCAUAUUAGUGUCUAACGAUAUUGUGUCUAUUCUGCUGUAUUCAUUUCUCCUCUACCUUCAGCAGACAUUGGUAUCUUCAAAAUUACUUAUUAACUUCUCAUGUGAAAGCCAAUGAUCUUACAGGCUAACAACGUAGAAAAGCAAUAUGUCAUGGAUUCUUUGGAAUAUGGUACCCCACCCACCCAAAAUACACGCUGUUAGCAGAUGGACCAAAGUAGCAAUCUAAUGAUCAGUCACUCACUAUUCCCAGAAGAGACUGUGUUUUCGAAAAUAUCUUCUUGGGAAGCAGAUCAGCCCUGGAAAAGCCUUGAUUAGUACUGUAAUUUUUUUCUUUCACACUUGAAGGACCAAGGUGUCAACCUUCAUGCUUCUUUCAGCCUUUCAAGAAAGUUAUGUCAGGAACCCAUGAGACUUACUCCAUGGAUGACUUUUCUUAAUAGUAAGAACGUAAAAGAAAAAAACAUACAUCUGUCUGUGGAAUGUGAAGAGAGCAGUUUACCUGUCUGAGUGUGAUAACUUCGGCUAUUGUCUCCUCUCUUCUCUAGUUUUAGUUUAAUCUGUUUGGAAACUAUCCAGUAAAAAGCUGAUGAAGCCAAUUAUAUGGCGGGUGUGUUGACAACUCUGGUAUUUGUUUCAGGAAGCUCUUCUGAGCUGAGGGCACUCAAGCAACUGACUUAAUUUCCAAGCACUUGAUUAACACAACAUUGCAAAAAGAAGGGGGAAAGUGUAAGUGACACACAAUUUCCUCUGAUACAGUCUGGUUUUCCACUGGAUAUGGGGAAGAAUUCCCUCAGCAAUCCAUGUUCAAAGCAGAUCCCACAUAUAAACAAGAACUGACCUGACAUUUCUGCAUUAUGUCCUGGGACAAAAAGGAUUCGGCCAGCAAGCGUGCCUGUGAUUCAAAGGAAUGGCAUUGAAAACCACACAAGGUUGCUCCCCUCUUUACCUAUGCUGCAGGGACUGACCUACUGAGAGGAUAAGAAAGAAGCAUCAACGAUGACUGUCUCACAGACAUGCCUUGUCUCAACUGGAAAACUGUUUCAGGUCCACAGUCUAAAAAAUAACAAAUGUGUAUAUACUUGGUAUGUGUAUACACACACACACACACACACACACACACAUACACAAUACAAACUACAAACCUAGGCUAGGCUUUCUUGGCAUACAAAAAGCUAGGCACUUUCAUAAGAAUUUGAGCUGGUGUGAAUGAAAUUAAUAUUACAUUUGCCAGCUGUAAACAGACAUCUGCAUUUCCUAGUGAGUCUCCAAGAGCCAGAUUCUGGGAACAUAAAUGAUGUGCCAAAAGCAGUGUAUCAAUUCCACGUUCCAGGGACAAUUAUGAGCAGGCUCAAAGUCAUAAUUAAAGGUUGGACAUCAAUGUUUAGAUCUGUCACCACAUUCAGCACCUGGAGUUGGGCUGAUGUUACACAUUGUAUGAAAAUUGUGUCAUUUGAGUGUCUUACUGAUAAUAAAUUUGUUACUUUGGAGUAAAAUAAA